GAACUUGGAACUAGAAAGUCAGUUGGAACACCAGCUCCUGGAACAGUGUAGAGCCUCACGCCUCUGGAAGGGGACCACUCACAACCAACCAGGAAGACUUGCAAGACAGCAAAAGACAAACAAGCAAGACAUAUACCAAAAAAAAGGGGCAAAACGCUUUUAAAUAAAGCUUUUAAAGGAUUUGAACAAGCUCCACUCGUCUGGAAUGAGGAUGUGGACAUGGCUGGUCUCUCUGCUGCUCCUCACCCUGGGAGUGGCUCAAACCCAGAGAUCUCCCCAGGAGGCCUUCAUGAUGCAAUACUUUGAGCGGAGACUAGCCCAGCUGGAGGAACGAGUGAACCUGUGUGAGCAGAGGAGCCAGCGCGUGGACCAGAAUAUCUAUGCCUUCACCACAGAGGUGAGAGGUCAGCUGGCCACCAUGGACGUCCAGAGGCUAGAGGUGAAGAGCCAGGUGGAGGGGGUGGCCAUGCGGGUGGACAGGGUGGAGAGGGACGUGGAGUACCUGGAGAACAAGGUCCCCAACCAGCCACACAUCGAGGUGGAGGAGAGCGUGCAGGAGCAGCAGCUGAGAGACGCUCAGCUCAGCCAGCUGAAGAGGAAGGCCAAGAUCACAAAGGGGACGGACUGCAGCACCAUGCUGACGGGGGUGAAGUCUCUGAAGAUCGUCAAGAAGGCCGGGGACGUCGACGGCUCCUGGCUCAAGGACCCCACCAAGGGCUCGGCUAAGAUCUACUUCUUCAGCGGGACCAGGAACAGCACGGUGCUGGAGUUUCCCUCCCUCAAGGUGUUCACCCAGGUCAACUCCAGUCAUCGAGCCCUGAGCAUGCAGCUUCCCCAUCCCUGGCAGGGAACAGGACACGUGGUCUAUAACGGCUUCCUCUACUACCACAAGGCCGACACGCCCAACAGGAUCCUGAAGGUGUUCCUCCAGAACCAGACAAUAGUUGACAGCAUGCUGCUCCCUGGAGCUGGGAGGCUACCUGUCUACUCCCUCACCCCCCAGACCUACCUGGCCCUGACCGUGGAUGAGCUGGGCCUCUGGGUGCUCCAUGCGGACCCCGAAUUCGGCGGCAAUCUGGUCAUCACCAAGCUGGACAAGGACAGUCUGGCGGUGGAACACACCUGGGACACGGCCUGCCAGAGCCGGGAUGCCGAGGGGGCGUUCCUGACCUGCGGCACCCUCAACGUGGUGUACAACUCUCGCUACGGAGGCAGGUCGAGCGUCCAGUGCCUGUACGACAUCCACGACACCAUCCACCACAGCGAAGACAACCCGCUGGUGUUUUUCCCCAAGCGCUACACCAGUCACUCCAGCCUCAACUACCACCCCAAGGACAGGCAGCUGUACGCAUGGGACGAUGGCUACCAGACGGUCUAUAAGGUGGAGACCAAGAGGAAGGUCGACUCCGCUUGAGGGGGA